UUUUUCCGGAGACUCUCGUCCCUUUGUGUGAAAUGCAGACUGGAGAACAGGCAGUAGCAAUUCCUGCCAGAGCUGAGGCCACGAUACCAGUCCCCCCAGGCACAUAUGAAGGCUUCAGAGCCUUUGAAGAAAGCCAGGAGGCUCUCUCCAGAACUGAGCCCUGGGACCAUGGUGGAAAAGAGGACGUUGGAGUGGGUAAAGCGUUGGCAGAUGAAGCAGGUCACAAUGUAUGCACGGAAGAAUUGGCCGCAUCAGCAGUUUCUGAAUUCUCUCAGAGUGCUCCAAGAGCUGAAAUGUUCUAUCGUGAGAAACUUGCUGCUCAGUUUGAAAAGUGGCCCCCGGGGGUUGAUGAUGUAGGGUAUGAGCCAGUUGACAACUCCCUUAUUAAAGACAGGCCAUCUCCUUUAUACAGCAAAGGUAAAUUGAAAGAAGAGGCCGCUGGGCAUGAAAAAGAUGAAGACCGUGACAUUGAUGAAACUAUGCAGCAGGAUUCACCUUCCUCAUUAGGACAGCAGGACUCUACAAUGAUUGAAGCUGUGGAGGUGUAUGCCUUUCCAGCAGAAGGCAGACCCAAAGAUAAUCUGGCAGAAAUGUCUAGAGAGACUCCUGUUACUGAAAGCGAAGCUCAUAAAGCGGGACAGAUCCUAGAUGAGAGACGACAGUGGUUGUCAGGGAAAGGAUAUGAUGAUGUCACCAAGAUGGAGCCCUCUGAAAGUAUGUACCAAGUGGAAGUUGAAGCUAAUGUAAUUAGGGAGGGAGAAAUCUCAGGUUCUCCACUAGGCGCAACCAAGUUUCCCGAUAGGUUAAAAAAGGACAUGGCAGAUAGAAGUGUUUCCUUGCAACAGGAGAUGGGGGGAAUGGUGCAGGCCAUGGAAGAACAAGAUGCACCCAAAAAGAAACCUGCAACUCGCAUGUCAGAGAAAAAAGUCAGUCGGGUUCCUCAUUUAAAAGGUGUGUGUGUGUUAUUUUCCUGCCCCACGCUUGUUUCUCCAGUGACUUGCUCAGGGCAAGGCUUCUAAAACCAGUACUGGCACCCCUUGAAUCCUGCUGCUUGACAGUUGUCCAUGGAUGUUCAUUCUGAAAAAAUCUAGAGUGCUGACGCUGCUUUCCGCCCUUAGUUUACUCCUGGCCUUUGAUUCAUUCGCAUCACACUCACGCUUCAGUUGCACGUUCCCUUGCAUGGACGCUGACAUCCUCCCAGUUGUGCUUUUCUCCCUUUUCAUUUCAGUGUCCUUGGAUUUAUCAAAGCUGCUAUGUAGACGCUUCAAUUUCAUCCAUCACUCUAAAUAUUUAUAAAAGAGAAGAGGCGUUUGAUUGAAACUUUUUCUGGGCAUUACUGAAGUAGCGUUAGCACAGAGCAGGCUAUAGUUUCAGAGCUGUUGCUAAUAAAGCAUGCAGGGUCUCCCACACGUAUUGCUUUGUGUGUUCCCUGAGAGCCAGUCUUUCAUGUCAGCUUUUCUAAAGGUGAGGGAGGGGGAGUACAGUGGGCGAAACUUUGUCCUCAGUUUCCAAGCCCAGUACUGUGUGCACACCAGACAAUUCCAAAGAGAUGGCUGAAUUUUUGAUGUAUUGUAAGAGAGACCUAUGCAAGGGGAAGCCUGGCUGUUGGAUACCUAAGUAUGUCCGCUGAGAAACCUUGAGCCAUUUAACUGCUCAUCUGAUAGCACUGUGGUCAGUGUUAACUUUAGGUAUUCAAGUUCAUGCAACAGUGUUAGCUUAACUGGCCUGAGUAGGUGCCUAAAGUCAGCUUGUUCAGGCACAAAUGCCUUUGCUAGUAUGCCAGGCCCAUUUUGUCUAUAUUCUUCUCUCAUUAAAACCCGCAAUCCUAAGGACACCUUGGGAGGUUGCCUGUCCAAUGGUGAAACAUGGGUUUUUCACUUAAUUGUUUUAAUAAGCAAUCAGAAUGGGAUCUGUAUGAAAAUCUGUUCGCUAAUUUACGAGCCGCCUUAGCAUCCAUGUUUUAGUGUACAGGUGUUAAAACACCAGGUGAAUUAUUUGGGGCCACACCAGCCGGAGACCUCCAUAGAGUUCUGACACUCUUCCGCAGGAAUCAUUUGCCAUUGGCACACAGGUUUGCUUGUCUGUACAGGUCCCACGUCACUUUUGAUGCCUACAUACUGUCUUGGCACAACUAGCCCAGUCAGCGUGAAUAUUCAGCCCAUAGUCUCUCCCUCACAUGAGGCAGGAAAUGGAGGAUGGAGGCUCCCACCCUACCGACUGUACCGUGGGGAUCAGCAGCUGCUGUUAAUGCUGUUAAACUUAAUAUGCAAUCAGAAAAGCUUCGUUCACACCUCAUGACAUUAGCAGAGGUUGCCAUCACUAGUGCCAGUAGUUUAAUGGGUGGAAGCACACGGCCUUCCUCUCUUUGAAAUGAAGCUGACCGUGUUUUCAGAGAGUUCGGGUUGCAAUAUGCUUAAAGACAGGUUUCAGAGUAGCAGCCAUGUUCGUCUGUAUUCUCAAAAAGAAAAGGAG